AUGUCCAACCCCAGUGAGGCAGAACUCAUUCACAAGUUUAAGGGGAUUUCCUUUACCACCAGGUCUUCUCCAGAACUUUUAAAGUCCUUGGAUACUUUUGAUGCUAGAGAAGAUGACAUCCUUUUGGUCUCCUACCCCAAAUCUGGCACUCACUGGCUUGCAGGAAUUCUAACAAGGCUUUACAAUACUCAAAUUACACUAACAUCUCCCAUUGAAUUUGGAGACAUAUCCAAACUGGAGGAAUUGAAUAAACUCUCAUCAAAGAGAAUCAUGCCAACGCACUUAGACUACAACAUGUUACCUCCAAAUUUUAAGAAUAAAAAAUGCAAGAUGAUCUACAUCAGCAGAAAUCCAAAAGAUACUGCAGUUUCCAUGUAUCAUUACUACAGAGAAAAUCCAAACCUUCCCACCAUUGACACCUGGACUGCUUUUUUUGACUUGUUCUUAAAAGGAGAUGUUGUCUGUGGAUCCUGGUUUGAUCAUUUCCUAAGUUGGGAAGAACAUGAAAGUGAUAAAAACGUCCUGUUUUUGUUCUAUGAAGACAUGAAGAAGGAUCUUCCUAAGAUUGUAAAGGAAAUUAGUCUGUUCCUCUGUUUAAACAUCAGUGAUAAUGAUAUCCAAGACAUCUGCAAGAAGUCCUCCUUCUCAGAGAUGAAAAGCAACACAGAAAAGGAAAACAGUGAUCCCAGUCACACUGUUUGUGCACUGACAUCCAACAGGAAGCUGAUUUUCCGAAAAGGUGUUGUUGGUGAUUGGAAGAACCAUUUCACUCCAAAACAGAAUCGAAGGUUUGAGGAGAUAUUUAAUGAGAGAAUGAAAGGCAGCAAAAUGGCAACACGUCUCACCUAUGAAAUUUGA